UGUGGGACUGACUAGUACAGGUAUUCCUCUGGUGUGACUGUGAAUGAAAUCUCAAUAUGUCCUUUUGCCUCACCCUGAUUAGACAAUUACCCUUCAAUCUCUCUCUGCUUUCUCUCUCAUCUGUACAUAUCCCUCAUUUCUUCUGACUCCUUUUCACUUCCCCUCUACUUUUCUUUUUAUUUCCUCUUCUGUAUAAUUAUCUUUAGUCUUCGUCAUCCCAAUAUUUCUUUUCGGGUUUUACUUAAAAAAAGAAAAAAAAAAGGAGAUUUAAUUUUGAUUUUUUUGGGUUGUUAUUUAAAGUCUUUAUCAUAUUGGUUUUGAUUUUUUUGUUUGACAUUGAUGGGUUUGGCUGGUUGGUUUUGGAGGUUUGCGUGAAUCCAGGCCUUUGUGGAUUCCUUUUCUUCAUGCAUGAUUAUUUUUCUUUUGUCUUUUUCUUUCUCUCUCUUUUUGAGUCUCUGAGUUUUGGCUCAGAGUUCGGAAAAAAAUUCAGAUUCCUUUUUCUCAUAAGCUAAUUUGGGUUCAGAAGGUAUUGCGUUCUUAAAAGUUUGAUGAGAGUAUCACGUGGGAAUCUCUUGGCGCUUUCUGCCUUGAGUUUGGCAUCUGGGUUUGGAUGCCUUUUGCUUCUUUCACCCAUUUCAUUUCCCAUUUGAAUUAAGGGUUAGGCCGAUUGUGUGCAACUUUUCUCUGGAUUGAUGUGGAUUUCUUGUGGCGUUCAAGUUGGUUGUGUUGGACUUGAACUCAUAGGAUUGAGUAUUUACAAGUGAAUCUUAAAUGGACAUAUCAUCGUCUAAUUGUAAGCAAUCCAAAUUCUGUGGCCGGCAUUUGAAUUCAAUAGCAUGCAAAUGUGUUAUUUUGGUUGUGGUUUCUCUGGUUAUUAGAGCUGCUCUGCUUCCUACUAUUACAUUCUCUGGCUCUGGUGGAAUUGAGCAGAAAAGCUUGGUCUUACUCCACAACCGCUCUUUAUCAGUGAAUUCUGACUUGGGAAUUCGAAAAGAUAAGUUCUUGGAGGUUCCUCAGAUUGUAUGGGGUUUAAACAAUCAAAAGAUUGCAUUUGCAAGAGCUUGUCUAACUGCUAGAAUGCUGAACCGAACUCUUUUGAUGCCUAGCUUAAGUGCUUCCUUGUUUUACAAAGAAGUUGAUCUCUUGAAACCAAUUUCCUUGGAUAAAGUGUUCCAAUUUGACAAGUUCAAUUCACUAUGCGCUGGAUUUGUCCGAUUGGGUCGAUGCUCGGAUCUUUUGAAUCAGACCGGAGUGUUUGAGCUUCAUAAAGGAAGUGGAAGGAAGUGGACAAUUGAGAGAGAUUUAGAUCAGUUGAGACAGCAUACAGAGGACCCUAUUGAUGGAUAUGAGGUGAUACGCAUAGUUGGGAAGAACCCCUUUUUGUGGCAUGAUCAUUGGCCUGUUAAGGACUAUGCCAAGGUCUUUGAGUGCUUAGUUUUGGUGGAUGAGAUUACCAAAGAAGCAGAUAAAGUUGUAACAAAGAUUAGAGAGAAAGUACUGGAGUUGAGAAGCAAUACCGAGCCUGUACAAGAUGGGGCUAAUUCUGAGGGGUCUACAUUGCGGCUAGUGCCUUAUGUAGCUGUCCAUAUGAGGAUAGAGAUAGAUUGGAUGAUUCACUGUAAGAACUUAGAGCAGAGAUUAAACAUAAGCCAAAUUUGUAGCAGCAAGGAGGAGAUUAUUGAAAGAGUGGGGAACGUUGUGGGCCUGAAGACUCCAACUGUAGUUUACCUUGCUGUGGCUGAUAGUCUUCUUGAAGAUUCUUCUAUAUUGAAUGGUUGGAAGGAAGGCUUGCUUCCUUUGGAGAAGAAGAAAUUGGGUGUUGAUGGAAUUUACAAGAAGUAUCCCUAUCUCAUUCAAUCAGCAAUUGAUUAUGAAGUGUGUUUAAGGGCUGAUGUCUUUGUUGGCAACAGCUUUUCUACAUUUUCAAGUCUCAUAGCUCUUGAGAGAACACAGAAGAUGAUCAAAAUGGGCGUCACAAGCUCGUGCGGGAUGCAUGUAAGGUGGCCAUCAUAUGCGUAUAACAUAUUAGGGGAAUCGAAGGGCCCUCGAAGCUGGAUGACAAAUAUGUCAGAUUCAAGCCUUCAAGCUAUUAGCUAUGGCUCUAAUGACAUCUCUUGUUGAUGGUCAUGGUAGGUGAUUCUGCUGCAAUCUUUCCCAUUUGAUGGAGUUAUUGAGGUUGCUUUCCUUUUUGAAAUAUAUAGAUAGUUACACUGUCAUACACUGGCAGAAUUGGUUGGUAUAGUUACAAGUUAACAGGGAUUUUUAUUUAUUUAUUUUUUGUAGACAAAAUCAGUGAUAGAUAAUGUCCAGAUAGCAGUUUGAUACUGAAUUGGUACAUUUUGCCUUUAUGUAAUUUUGUGUAUUGCUUUUUUUUUUCUUCAACUCAGUGGCUACAUCUUUUGUAGAUUUUCCUACAGCACACUAAUGUAAUCACUUAUACAUUUAUCAUUCAGUAAUAGAGAUCCCUUCAGAUUUCACAUUA